AUGCAAACAAUUACUUGGAAACAAGGUCUUGAAGAAUUAAAAGGAAUGUUCCCAAAUAUUGAUUCAAAACUAAUAGAACAAACGUUACGUGAUAAUGGUGGACAUAUGGAACAAACGAUUGAUAUCUUGUUAAGUUUCACAGAUAAUACACCUACACAAAAUCAAAAUGAUGAAGAAAUUAUUAAUACAAAUAAAGAUGAGAUUAGUGAUGAAGAGUUAGCUCAACGUAUUCAACAACAUGAAUUUAAUAUGUACAAAUCAUUAGGAGGAAGAAAAACUAUGGACCAAUUUUUAAAAGAUUUAGAGAAUCCAAAUCAUUCUAAUUCUAAACAAAAUCAAGAAGUUAAAUCUUUUUGGAAUCAACUAAGUACAAGUGCACAAAAUGUAUUUAAAGAAAUGUUCAAAACAAAAGGUCAGUAUCAAGAAUUACCUGAAAAUGAGCCAACUGAAGAAGAAUCUAAGAAAGACCGAUAA